GAGAAAAAUUUCUGUCAAUUCAGACUGGCUAAAUGUCACGACUGUAAAAAUAUCAAGAAAAAUGUCGAUGAAACGAACGUUCGAAUGACUGCGAUAGAAAGAAAACUGGAGGAAAUGAAGAGAAAACAGAAUGAAAUAAAGCAAAGUAUGAACGAGAUGAAAGAACAGUUUGAGAAAAUAAUGAUGAUGAUGAACCAAACAUUCCAAGAAAAUAAUACAAACAAGAAUGGUGCUAGCGCUAUGAAUCACGCAGGUCCAGUCAACAAUCAAGAUGUUAUUAUUAUUGGUGGUCGGUAUGGCCUAGAAAAAAACGAGGUAUUAAAUACAGUCGAGAAAUACAACAUAGUAGAAGGAAAGUCAACUCCGCUGCCAGGAUUGAAUCAUCCUCGAACAGCACCAGCAUCGUGUGUUUACAACAAUGACGUUCUUGUCGUUGGUGGUCACGAUGGUAAAGAAGUAACUGACACGAUUGAAGUUUUGAACAUGAACCAACAUCCUUUGCGAUGGACAAUGUUUGAUGGUAAACUGCCUGUCAAAUUAUAUGCUCAUGACGUAAUAGUUUAUCAAGGAAAAUUAUAUAUAAUAGGAGGACAUGACGGGAAUGAAGGAAAAACAUCAAAUGCCAUUUAUGAGAUUGCUCUUACCCCACCUUAUACUGCCAAGCUGUUGACGAGAAUGCCUGAGCCAAGAAAACAUCACAGAGCAGAACUUGUUAAUGGAAAAUUAUUUAUCUUGGGUGGGACGACAACCGGCCUUAGUAAAGAUGCUCUUGACAGCGUUGUUGUUUAUGAUUUGACUAAGAAUAAGUUCAAGCCAUGUCCAUCGUUACCUCAGCCUGUUUGUUAUAUGUCCACAGUCACUUGGGGUCAUAUAAUCAUCGUCGUUGGUGGUGUGGAUAAGAAUCAUAGGACAUUAAAUGACGUCAUGAUGUACGACACAGAGACAGGGCGAAGCGAGAGACUGCCCUCCAUGAUUUACAAAAGGAGUAACAGCUCUGUGGUGAUCAUGAAUGACGUCAUUGUCGUGUUUGGUGGAUGGAAUGAGGAGCAGGGAGGUCUCAACUCAGUGGAAUCUUUCACUAUUUGUGGAGAUGGCUGGAAAGAACUGCCAGGAAUGAUAGAAAAGAGAAACUAUGCUACUGCUGUAGUUAAACCUCUAUAG